AUGACAUGUCCUCUACAAAUAGGUAUAUAUUCCGAAACAAAAUCUUCCGGCAUUAUUAAGUCCUACGAGCCAAUGCGCAGCCUACAUUCAGCGGAAAUUUCGAGUGCAUCCGACAUCGGUGUGAGAAUGAAGGAUCUAAGUGAAAGAAUACAAGAGGAAAUUGUUAAUGAAUUGAAGUCUAAAAAUAUUGAAAAAGUGGAACCAACUGACUACCGUUCCACUACAACGGUUGAUUUCCAUAGAACUUCCACCUUACCUCAAUCGAAGUCGGGAAACUGGUCCGUUUUAGAUCUAUGGGACGAAGAACCGGCAACCUUUUGGACUGAUAAUUAUUCUGAUGUUACGGGCAUCACCCAACGGUCCGCUGGUGUUAAACCCUUCAGAAAGUGCAGUAACUUUUCAAGAUCUAUAGGGCGCAAGACGGACGCAACUUAG